AACAGAAAAAUAAUAUUUUGAUAAUUUGCAACUCAUCUCCUGCAAUUAUAUCUUUCAAAGACCUGAAUAAGACUACCAUGGAAGCUAAUCUGGAGCACGAGGAUUUGUUGAUUAAGCUGCGGGCUAAACUAAACGAUGGCAAAAUCAAGCUUUGGGAGCCGCCGUACACUUCUGUUAAUGGAGAAAUUUCACAAAGCUUUCAGGAGCUAUCCAGCAAACUGGCUUCUGAACUAUCAUUGGACGAGAGUAUCAUCCGUGAAGGGCUCCUAGAGUUACAACAGCACUCGGUAGAGAGGUCCAAAGCUAAUGAGGAGUACAAGGAGACUGGCUGUGCUACCCUUAGGGUUAAAGCAACGGGAAAGGGUGACAAGGGAACGAUUAAAGUGAUGAAGAAGCUCGAUGUGAUGGGAUCGGAGCUGGUGGAUACUGUUGCUGCAGUCCUGGGCAUCGAACCUGCAAAAUUGAAAUUAAUAUUCAACGGCAAGCUAAUCAAACCUGACUUACGUUUAGAAGAACAAGGCGUCAAGAAUGGGAUACAACUGAUGGCGUUGAUAAUGACAGAAACCCCCGAGGAAGCAAAAAAAGAAGAUGAUAUGUACAUGCAGGUGAAGGGCACUUUGGAAGACGCCACACUUCUGUCGGAGUGUAUGGAUGAGCUCAUCGAGGAGGAUGAAUAUAUGAAUCUAGAAGACCAAACGGGAAAGUCGAUAGAUCUACCAAAGUCAGAACGUAGGUCUCUCUUUGUGGGCCUGGCGCUGCACGAGAGAGGCCGCACUUGUAUCAAGAAGCGAGACUAUUCUCUGGCUUUGGUGUUGCUCCUGGAAGCUGAUCGGCAGCUGUGCGAGUGCCGUGCGCAAAUUCUGAACACGGUGGACAAUUACGCAGUCCUCCAGCUGGACAUAGCGUGGUGCUACCUCUGUCUGCAGAGCCUGCAAGCAGCCAAUGAUGCAGCAGAACGCCUGGCCAAAGCUGAAGUGUCUUUCAAGGCUACAUAUGGAGAGGAUCAUCGGAGACUUAUCGAGUUGAAGGGGACUGAUGCAAAUGAGCGUGUCUUGUUCAUGCGUCUAUAUCUUCUGCAAGGCAUUGUGGCGUAUCACCAGAACAAGAGAGAUCGCGCCGCUGAACUGCUCCUCAAAGCGGAGAAGGAACUCACCGACUUGCGAGUGGACGACGCAUCAGUUCAAACACUAAUGGAGCUAGGCUGGUCACGUGGCCAAGCGUGCAGUGCGCUGCGGGCCUGCGCCGGAGACCUGCCGCGUGCGCAGGCGCAUCUUGAUUACGCACGUGCGCAGAGGGAUAGAGCUAGGAUACAGCAUAGGGAGGAGAGGGAGCAGCGCCUGCUCGGCGUGUGCGCGGACGGCAGCCCCGUAAGCAAGCGGCUGGUGGAGAGCCUGCAGGCGAUGGGCUUCCCGCGCGAGCUGGCCGUGCUGGCGCUGCGCAACGCCAACAACAGCGUCGCUGAUGCUGUGCGCGUCAUACAGGAGCAGCCUGAGCUGUUGGAUGACAGUGACAUGGAUGAUGCGACGCCAUCUUAUGCGUCGUUGAAUAUUGAUCAAGCUCUGGUUGAUGAGCUACAAUCAAUGGGCUUCACGCUAGAGCAAGCGCUAAGUGCUCUACAUUCUACAGGCAACGAUGUGCGCGCUGCACUCGACAUACUUAUGCCUUUGAACCCCGCCGCCGCUUGUAAUAUGGAAGUUGAUCCCCCGAACCCUUCGACCAGCUCUGGCGUCAACCGCAAGCGGCAGAAGAAAGAGGAGAGGUUAAGGAAAAAGAAAGCCCGCGACAUGGCGGUGCGUCGUCUCCGUCAGAGCAUCCAUCAGGAAGAUGACGAUUAUCUCACAAGCACUUUAUCUGAAGAGGAACACUAUCUAGUGCAGUACAAGUCGCUGCUGUAAAGGGGGGGUUGUAUAUGAAGGGGGGGGGA